CACUCCCUCCAUGGCACCUCCCCCCUUUUCAAUUAGCCCCCGAUGGGUGGAGUAAUGCAAUCAGGAGUAACUAAAGUGCCAACGGAGCGCCCUCCCUCAGUCUGCCACAGACUCCGCACAGGCACACACUCCUCAGACAGGAAGGUUUAGCGACCCCUGUGUCAAAAUGACUGAGCGCUACGACUGCCACUACUGCAAGGAGUCCCUGUUUGGAAAGAAGUACGUUCUGAGGGAGGACAAUCCCUACUGUGUGAAAUGCUACGAGAGCCUGUACUCCAACACCUGUGAGGAGUGCAAGAAGCCCAUCGGCUGCAACACCAGGGAUCUGUCCUACAAGGACCGCCACUGGCACGAGGACUGUUUUAAGUGCUUCCAGUGCAAACGCUCGCUGGUGGACAAGCCCUUCUCCACCAAGGAUGACCAGCUUCUCUGCACCGAGUGCUACUCCAAUGAGUACUCCUCCAAGUGCCAUGAGUGCAAGAAAACCAUCAUGCCCGGCUCCAGGAAAAUGGAGCACAAGGGCAACAGCUGGCACGAGACCUGCUUCACCUGCCAGAGAUGCCAGCAGCCCAUCGGCACCAAGAGCUUCAUCCCAAAGGACACCCACAACUUCUGUGUGCCCUGCUACGAGAAGCAGUUUGCUAUGCAGUGUGUGCACUGCAAGAAGCCCAUCACCACUGGCGGGGUGACCUACCAUGACCAGCCCUGGCACAAGGACUGCUUCCUGUGCACCAGCUGCAAGCAGCAGCUGUCUGGCCAGAGGUUUACCUCUAGAGACGACUUUGCUUAUUGUCUCAACUGCUUCUGCAACCUUUAUGCCAAGAAGUGUGCCUCCUGCACCACACCCAUCAGCGGUCUCGGAGGCAGCAAGUACAUUUCCUUUGAGGAGCGCCAGUGGCACAAUGACUGCUUCAACUGCAAGAAGUGCUCUGUGUCCCUGGUCGGACGUGGGUUCCUCACCGAACGCGAUGACAUCCUGUGCCCAGAGUGCGGCAAGGACAUCUAAUUCAAGCCGAGGGAUGGCGGAAACCGAAGACACCUGAUUGGAUGCGAAUAUGAUGCUGCGGGAAUGAGAAACAUGCAAUAAAUAGUAUCUGAGCACAGAGCCAAGAGUCUUUUGCAGUUAGCAUUACUGAAUGUAAUUUGUUCUAUAACAUGAGAUAAAAUCUACUAAUAGUGGUAAUUUAAUUUAGGGAGUAUAUUUAAGUUAAAUGUUCACUCUGAGAAAAAGUUAUUACUAACAAAGCAGCUGUUGGCAGGAAUGUAAAAACAUUUGCUCUGCAACAUGUCGGCACAGACACUAUCUAUAAUAUGAAUGCAGACUUUGACUUUCUUUCAUAAUAAAUACUGCUUUGUGCAUGGAUAAGCUUGA